AUGCCUCGAAAGUCCAUUUCUACAUUCUUCAAAGGCCUUCGAUCGAAGAGUCAUGGAAGAAAUGACCCAGCGGGGAGCUCCUCAAACGUGCCUGAUCAUGGAGAGACAGAGAGGGGUCAAUCUUUACAAUUGAAUAGACACUCCAUCUUUCCACAAUCAGGUCGCUCCACAAAUACACCAGCCCACUCGAUGGAUGCCACACAUAUCGAUACAGAUGAUAGGAAAAAGAACGCGACGUCACCAGAAGAAAUUUGGGAUGAAGCAUACGAUGGCCUGAAAGCAGAACAGCCCCAAUUGAUGCAUAUUUAUGAAGUCAUUUUAUCUAAUAAGCUUCAUGAUCCCAAUUCCGACCACCCACAGUCGGAAAACGAGACCAAUACGAUUGCGACCGCUGGUGAUGAGCGACGUGCCCAAAUGUUGGCGAUCAUGCAAUACGGCCAAAACAAAGUCAAGAGGGAAGCCAAGAUCAAAGAAAGUGUAGGAGAAGCUAUGGAAAUCGUGAAUUCAAUGAAAUCAAUAAUAAGUACAGGCAUUCAGGCCGCACCACAGGCCGCUCUUCCGUGGUCUAUUGUGUCUAUGGCCUUGGACAUUGUUCAAAAUCCUGUCAAAGCACAGAAAGAUAAUAUCGAGGGGAUUGCAUACACGACAAAAAGAAUGAAGUGGUAUUGGAGUUUGUCGAGUGAUCUAUUUCAUGGAGAUGGGUCUCUCAGGAAUAGAAACGACGCGCCCGAUACUCAAAACGGCAUACUUUUGCGACUUGUAGGGCUCUACAAAGAGAUUAUUCUAUUUCAAGUCAAAUCAAUUUGCUCUUUUUAUCGCAAUCGUUGGCUUCAGCUAUUUCCCGAUUUUGUCAUAAAAGACAAUUGGAACGAUAGUCUGAAAGAAAUUCGAACACUGGAAUUAGAGUUCCAAAAUGACUAUGCGACAUACAUGACUCUAGAGGAAAAGAGUAUGAGCCACCAAAUCAAAAAUUGCCUUGAAAAACUGGUCGCACUGCAAGUCAACAACUUAGAGCAACAAGAUCGAGAUUGUGGCCUUUUGCCUGAUUCAUACACUUGGGCUGUCAAGAGUGCCAUGUUCCGACAAUGGCAUACAGAGAAGGAGACAAAUCUACUUUGGAUUAAAGGCAACCCGGGCAAAGGAAAAACAUUGAUGAUUUGCGGGCUCAUUGAAGAGUUAGAGCACAUGGAACCUCACCAAGACCUCCUAUCACACUUCUUUUGCCAAGGCACAGACCCAAACUUCAACAAUGCCACAGCGGUCUUACGCGGCAUUAUUUAUUCGCUCGCAACCCAAAAGCCAUCGCUCAUUGAGCAUAUACAACAAGAAUAUAAAAAUGUCGGCAGUAGAAGCCUUUUCGACGGAAUCAACGCUUGGAUAACGCUGUCAGGUGUAUUCGUUAAAAUGCUACAAGAUCCUGCACUAGAAAAUGCUUGUCUGAUAGUCGACGCACUGGAUGAAUGCGAAUCGAAUCGCAAGAAACUCUUGGAUUUCAUUAUUGAAAGCACUUUGGCUACCCCUCAGGUAAAAUGGAUCCUUUCAAGUCGGAAUUAUCCCGAUAUUGAGGCCAAAAUACGUUCAUGUCGAACAAUCGCGGUCAUUGAUCUCGAAAGCAGUGCUACUCUUGUUUCGGAGAGCGUUGAUGCAUACAUUCGUUGCAGAACACAACAAUUGAGCCUAAUUGAGGAUAAUGAAGUGCUUCAGGAGCAAUUACAGCGUGCUAUUUUGCAGAAGUCAAGCGGAACGUUUCUGUGGGCUGCACUCGUGUUCCAAGAGAUCGAAGAGCGCCGCACAUACGAUGAUGACGCCGAACUGCUGCAACUCUUAGACGCAAUGCCUAGCGGAUUAAGCGGCCUAUACGAGAGAAUGAUGAAUCAGAUUAAUCUACUAGUGAACAGCGAUCAAGAACGUUGUCGCAACAUCUUGGCAACCAUGGUGGCCGCAUAUCAACCACUAAAUUUAGAGACACUGCCAAUACUGGCUGGAUUAAAGGGCCGACUAACACAAGCUGAACCUCUGAAAACCUUAGUCCGAAUAAGAGAUGUCGUUUAUUUCGUUCAUCAAUCAGCGAAGGAUUACCUGAUCGGAGAAGGUCACAAUCGCAUUUUCCCCUCCGGAAGCGAAACUGUCCACCGAGACAUGUUCAACCGCUCACUUGAGGCUAUGUUAAAACCCGGAAAACUGCGACCAAACAUAUACUCUCUGCCAUAUCCUGGUGUCAAAAUACACGAAAUAUCCGUACCACAGCCAGAUCCCCUUGCAAGCAUUAUGUAUUGUUGCAUGCACUGGCUUCAACAUUUUUGCGACGGCACUUUUGGUGUUUAUUCCGGGUCAAAAAAUCACAUACAUGAAGGCGUCAACAAAAUUUUCGAUUUCCUCAAGCUACAUUUCCUUCACUGGAUUGAGGCGUUGAACUUGUCACAGAAUGUGGAGGCCGGAGUCGUCUCUUUGCAGAACUUGCUUAAUUUGUUGACUCACAACGUAGAUGAAACUGAGGCGAUUGAGUUUUUCCAAGAUGCUCUUCGCUUCAUACUCUACAACAGAUUCAUAUUGGAAACAGCCCCUCUUCAAGUGUAUAUUUCUGCUAAUAUUUUCGCCCCUAUGAAGAGUCAUAUACGACUUCACUUCAAAGAGGCAAUCUCAUGGAUCAAGACUUUGCCCCCAGUCGACAAUUACUGGAGCUCCUGCCAAUAUACUUUAUACUGUGGUAUAAUGACAGAUGCAGUUUUCUCAAACGACACUUCUCAAUUAAUUACACUAUCUCUUGAUGAGAAAAUGAAGAGAUGGGAGACUACUACAGGGAAAUUAAUACCUGAUAUUGGUUAUGACUUCAAGUUGCCACCUGAUGAGGAGCGUUCUCUACAAUUAACGUUAUCGGACGAUGCCAAACUUCUUGCCAUCUCAGAUGAUCUGGCAAUCACGGUAUGGGAUCUAGAGUCUGGGAAACAGGUUCAAGGAUUUAAAAUCCAAAGAAGAAGAAGGUCCGACACAGCGUUCUCAGGCGAUUCUAUGCUUCUGGCUGUUACAGAUGAUACGUCUUUCCAAAUUUGGGAAUUAGCUACAGGCAAAAUGGUUAAGACUCCACGCCAAAAGUACCCCUCGCGGGUGUUACUAUCGCAAGAUUUCAAGUUAGCAGCCUGGAAAACUACUGACAGCAUCUUAAUAUCCAAUGUAGCUACUGGAGAGAAGAUUUAUGAGCUGUCGAGCAAGUUUCACCCAACACAUUUCUCCAAUAAUUCAUCAUAUCUUGUCGCACUAGACACUGACAAAAUGGAAGAGACACCAUUUCAAGUUUGGCACAUCUCAUCAGGCGAAAAAAUUAUAAGAUAUAUAUCUAGAGGGCCACUGUAUGCCUUCAGAUCUAUUGCUUUUUCGGACGACAGCAAAUUCCUGGCGUUUGGAGAAGGUGGUGAAAAUAUCAACAUUUGGAACCUCGAAGAGAAAGCCAUGGUACGAUCGUAUAGUGGCCAUACACAUGCCGUUUCAUCGAUCGCAUUUUCAAGAGACGCCAGUUUUUUGGUGUCUGGAUCUUUAGAUCGAACUGUGAAAGUCUGGAAGACAGAUUUUGACAGCAUCGACCGCCCACCACAAAGUGAACUAGGCAAGGCCUACCACAAGAUCAACGCCUUGGCCUUAUCAACCGAUGGAAACUUUACCGCGACAAUGUCUAGGGAGAAGAUCACAUUUUGGAGCACACGCCAACUUUCACAUAUUCAAUCAAUUUGGCAAUCUAAAGAUCUUACCCUCGAUCCUUUGGCCCCCCACAGAGGACAUGUGCUUGCAAUAUCCAAAGACUCUAGGCUCGUUGCUAGGGUGGGCUAUUCAGAAAUUGUUGCGGUGGCGUUCUCACCUAAUGCGGAAUUCUUGGCUGCAGCAUACCAUGCAGCAUACCAUAAUGAAAAAGAGUGUACUGUCAUUAUCUGGAAGGUUGAGUCACAGGAAAUGGUGUACCAACGUGUUGUGUCUGCUACUGUUCCCGCUGCAACCCGAUUUUUUGUUGAUGAUGCGUAUUUAUACGUCGUCACGGAUAUCGAAUGCUAUAGAUUGAAGGAGCCGACGGGAAACCUUCCCGAACAUGGCGAUCGAUAUCUCAUACCUACUAAUAAGGUUGACAUCGGUUACUCUAUUAAUUCAUCAAAAGACUGGAUUGCAUGGAACGGGAAGGACAUGAUAUGGCUACCGGGAGAUUUUCGUCCAUCAAGCACAGGUGCGUUUUCUGCACGGAUCGCGGAAGUCGCACUGGCAACUGCAUUGGGAAGCCUUAUUACAAUGAAUUUCGAGGAGCCGCCAUCUGAGGAUGAGGAUUGGACCCCCUGGAAGUCAUCUGGAUUUCUCUAG